AUGGCUCUGCGCGGUGUUCAACUCGGCCUGCGGGCGUGGGAGUUCCUAUGGACCCUUCUCAUCAUGGCCCUGGUCGGCAACAUGAUCGCCGAAGCCUUCGCCGGCAACCCGUCCUCGGUCAACUACGUCAUGUUCGUAUCGGCCUUCUCGAUGUUCUCGCUGUUCUACCUGGUGCCGGCUUCGUUCAACAUCGACUGGGCCCUGCACCCGAUCAUCAUGAUCACUGUCGACGCGCUCAACUGCAUCUUCUUCUUCUGCGCCGCCAUCGCCCUGGCCGCGAAGCUAACUGGCAACUCAUGCGGCAAUUCGUCGUUCACCCUGAACAACGAGAUCGCGAAUGGCUCCCACAACCCGGAGAAGCGCUGUCGCGAGGCCCAGGCGUCCACGGCUUUCCUCUGGUUCGGCUGGGCGGGCUACAUGGCUUCGGUUAUCGUGUCCAUCUUCAUGGCCCGCUCGGAGGCCCCCGUACGCGGUCGCGCUGGUGGUGCCGGCCGCAGACGGCCUAACAUGGCUCAGGUUUAA